ACGUUUUCCUGCUGACAGUUCGUUCGUUGUGGUUGUGUCAAGCUGACAGCUGUUAGGUGUGCAGCAGUUUGCCAGCAUGGCUGACCGUAAACAAACGAGGGAAGUGCUCACCGUGCUGGGUCUGUGCAUCCUGUGGUACGCCGUCAGCUCCAGCAACAAUGUCAUCGGUAAAAUGGUUCUCAACGUGUUUCCAUAUCCGCUUACCAUGACGAUGGUCCAGCUGCUCUCCAUCACCGUCUACUCGGGACCCCUGUUCAAUAUGUGGGGCGUCCGCAAGUACGUGGACAUCUCCUGGCGGUACUACUUCCGUCUGAUAGUGCCACUGGCCUUCGGCAAGUUCUUCGCCUCUGUGUUCUCGCAUGUGAGCAUCUGGAAGGUGCCCGUCUCCUAUGCCCAUACAGUAAAGGCUACGAUGCCUCUGUUCACUGUGAUCCUCUCCAGGUUGAUCAUGAAGGAGAAGCAAACGUAUAAAGUCUACUUCAGCUUGAUCCCGAUCAUAGCUGGGGUGGCUGUGGCCACAGUGACUGAAAUAAGCUUCGACAUGGUGGGAUUAGUGAGCGCGUUGGCUGCCACAAUGGGAUUCUCUCUGCAGCAUAUCUUCUCGAAGAAGGUGCUGCAUGACACGGGUAUACAUCAUCUCAGGUUACUCCACAUACUGGGCAGGCUGGCCCUGUUCAUGUUCCUACCGAUAUGGCUGUGCAUCGAUCUAUAUAGUUUAAUUCACAACGCUUCUGAGACUCUCAGCGAGAGCAGAGUGUUGAUGCUGUUGUUCGCCGAUGGUGUGCUGAAUUGGCUGCAGAACAUCAUCGCGUUCAGCGUACUCUCUUAUGUAACUCCUUUAACGUACGCGGUGGCGAACGCCAGCAAAAGGAUCUUCGUGAUUGCCGUCUCGCUGUUCAUCCUGGGCAAUCCCGUGACGGGUACGAACAUCUUCGGGAUGCUCUUGGCCAUCUUAGGCGUUCUCCUCUACAACAAGGCCAAGUACGACGCUAAGCAGAAGCAGACGUUGCUUCCUUACAGCAGCCAAAAGAGUUGGCAGGUGCGGAGCGGUUACACCAUGUACUCGACGAACAACACCAACGGUUUCACCCAUUCCCACAUAAACGGGUUCACGCCGAACGGUAAGCCAACAACAACAACAACAACCAAUGCGAACGGUCUCAACAACAAUUACAACAGCAACAAGAAUUUGCUCUUCAUAUGAGGCUCGAAACCCCUCUUAACUAAAUUGAAAUUCUAGCUCAAUUACAAGUCCCAUCGCCCUUUCCCAAAUCUCCUCAUAAUUUUAAGUACUAUUUCAACAAGCAAACAGAUUCUCCUCCGUACGGAUUAAGCAAUAAACGGAUAUUCUCUCAACCUAUCCAAAAUAGCAAUAACACUCGAUCAUCUCAACUACUAGCAGCAGACAACUCCGAAUACUACUUAAAUUAAGUAACAAACGACUUUAGUGCGCGUCGGGAUAAGACAACAACAACAACUGUGUUCUGUUAUGUUCUCUCAUCAACGAUUGAUCUUUGUUAUGUACAUAGGAUUAUUUAUUUUUCUAUUUUUUAACUUCUUAUAUACUUUCAGUAUUCGUAUCAAUUGGAACGUAAAAUUUCGUAAUUAUUUAUAUUUGAUUUACGUAAGAUU